AUGUUUUAGCACCUAGUGACCUCGACUGGGUCAGUCUGGUUGCCAUACGCGUCCACUAUCGAAAUCUUUCAUAUGUUUCACUCCUUCUGAUGGACCAAAUUGUGUUUUCGCAUUCAAUGGAGCACCUUCAAUUCUGGUUAGAAUGCGCUCGCAGCUACUUACAAGGAAUAAGAUGUCGCUAUUCGACAAGCACGACGGCGGCCCGACACAUGUGGCCAAAUAGUUUGGUUGGUCCCGGUGGCACUGUUCACAUCCUCCGAGAAGUGCUUCUGUGGGUCCUGAAAAGAUCCGGCGCAGUUCGUUCUUUGGCUGGUGGAGAUGGAGUAGGAGACGACAAUGACGUCCUUGAUCUGGAAAAGAUUGCAACCAAGAACAGAAAGGAUGCUAAUAACAAAGCCGAGAACCAGGUUUAUAUGACGCCCCAAAGGUUCGAAUUUGUUUCAAUACUACCGGAACAAGAAUGGGAACAAUGGAUUGCACACGUUCGAGUCGCCCUCAUGAGAUGUUCAUUAAGUGGAGGAAUGGGAAUAGUCACCGAGUCUGCAAGAUACGUGAGGGAUCCCGAAAAUUACUUAAUGUUGGUCUCGACGAGACUUAUACACCGCAGACUCCUUGCAACCCUUGAAAAAGCACUUUCGGGUGCCGAAAGCUCCACUGCCAACCUCCACAGCCGGCCGCUAAUGGCCACUGGCCUGGAAGUUGCUUUACCUUCAACACACGGUUGGCCCCAACCAACACGCUCUCCUCCUUUCCUGAACUCUCAAGUGAAAGAGUCCGCUCGACCAGAAGAUCCAUUGACGAUAACGGACGACACUACGGCAUGGGAAAUAUACAACCACAGAGCUGCAGAGGUCGACAGAGAUCUUUUGAAAGACUGGAAUGAUAACCUCAACACGCUGCUCAUUUUCACUUUGGGUCUCUUGCAGGAGGACUCUGCCGAGACAACUCGCGACAUUCUUCUGGUGAUUACAAGGCAAUUGGCCAACAAUUCUAUACCAGCCUUCGAACCAGCACCAUUCACAGCCGAAGCAUGGGCUAUAAGAGUGAACGGCUUCUUCUUCGCGAGCAUAAUGUGCAGUCUUGUCGUCGCGUUAUUCGCCGUACUCGCCUUACAGUGGAUUGCCGGGUACGAUGCCGGACUCACCACGCCCUCUCCCAGCAAGCGUGCGGCUCAACGACAGCUGCGCUAUAUGGGAAUGGAGAGCAUCUCCGCAGUAGUGAUGGCAGGUGCCGCAAUCGGAGCCGCCGUCUAUCUUUUCACGACCGCCAUCAGUACGGUUUGGAUUGAGGCGCCAUUCCGAACUCAAACUUCGAAGACUCUGGCAAUCGUCAGCAGGGAAAUACUCGUAUGGCUGAGAAUGGUCCUAGUCCGCUUCCCUUUGAGGGUAUAUAAAGAAAAGCUUCUCGCCACCGAGUGGGCAGAAUCCAAAUACCAGAUUGGUGUAGCAUGGCGACAAAUCCGCGAAGCGACGGCGUGGCCACCCAAAACAUUUGCCAAAUGCGAAGAGCAAAGGGCCGAUAGCAUCAGAACUCUUCAUGUAGAUAGCCUGAUGUGGUUGGCCAACUCGAUCGAUAUCCUCCCAAGCUCCCGUAACUCUAUCCUGAUAUUGCUCCAAGAGUUUAUGGAGCUUCCUCCGCACAUCCUCCUCAAGAGAGAGUGGUUCAUAGACGCGCCUUGGGAGAAUAUAUUCACCAUGUUGUGCAAGCCAUACUUUGGCAGGAAUAGUUUGGAAGACUUUACGGCCGAGGACCUCGAGAAUCUGGCAUUCCUCUGCCGGGCACUCGGCAUGAUCUUCACAAAUAUCAAGAAUGAAGCAUUCGAACAACUUUAUAUAAUCCUUGAAAGGACGAAGGAUGAUUCACUAGGAGCCAGUGUCUGUUUGGCCCAUCAUAAUUACGACUACGCACAGGAAUUCCCGGGGCCUUGCCUGGAAGAUGGCUUCAUCUGCGCUUGUCGAGCAAUUCGGGAAAUAUCCCCAGACUACUUCCAUUAUUUCCUUUUGUAUAUUCGAGAUCACCAGGAACACCCGGUCUUCAAGCUCGACAUAUCGUAUACUGCUGUCGAGGCACUCGCAUCAGCGUAUUCUCUAACCUCCGAGGCUAUUCGCAAUCCUUCUUCCGCUACAUUAAUACAUCCCAAAUCGGUCGAUACUAUUUUUGACGUAUUAUCCCAUAGUAUGAGAGAAACGAUCGAUCAAGAGCGGACUCCAGUCAACCGUUACGUUUCUGCGAUGGAAGACGGAAUUUAUGACAAACGGGAGAUAUAUAGAGCAAUGUUCCGUUCACUU